AUGAAGCUCUCCAACCAGUCGACGGUGCCGGUGUAUACUAUUGCCGGUGCUUCUACUGCUCGACCUUUACCGGAAUGGCUCGCAAGGAAACGACGGCGAAGUCUGAAACGUGAUCCGGAAUAUGCGAAUCGCAUCGAGCUGCUACAGGACUUCGAAUUCGAAGAAGCCAGCGCAUGUGUGCGGGUCAGUGAAGAUGGCGAGUGGGCUAUGAGUACAGCUGGUGGCGUGCAUUACAGGACGAGGCUACCACGCUACGGCCGAGACUUGCAGUACAACAGACGAACGGCUGAGGCUCUCAUACCCGCUGUAGGUGUCAACGCGGACGGCAAUGGAGAAGUGUAUAGGCUUAAUUUGGAGCUUGGCCGAUAUAUGAAGAGCUAUGAACUCGACGUUGGUGGCGAUGAUCUCGAAUCGAUGGGUGGAGGAGCACUACAAGGUGGCAUCAGAACGGGUGCGGUCAACUGUGCCGCGAUCGCCGAGGAGUCGCAUGGUCUGAUGGCGUUUGGGACGUCACUCGGCACUGUAGAGCUUUGGGAUGCGCGAUCACGAAAUCGUAUCAGUGCUCUUGGGCCACCCAACUCUUUGGUCAACUCGGACUUCGAUCCUGAGAUCGAUGCUCGACCUCAGAUCACGGCGCUCGAAUUCCAUCGAUCUGGCCUCGGACUUGCCACGGGAAGUAGCAAUGGCAUUAUUCACACAUACGACCUACGAUCACCUGUCCCUCUGCUACGAAAGGACCAAGGGUACGAUUAUCCUAUUCAAACCCUCAAAUAUCUGGCACCAUCAUCACGAUCUUCGAACAGCUCAGAUAACCUUAUCAUGAGUGCUGACAAACGUGCAAUAAAACUUUGGAACUCCGAGACUGGUGAUCAUUGGACGUCCAUUGAGCCUGCGGUGGAUCUGAACUGUGUGGAGUGGGUGCCAGAUUCUGGUAUGCUUCUGACUGCGAACGAAGGCAGGCAGCAGCAUGCAUUCUUCAUACCACAACUUGGUCCUGCUCCACGAUGGUGUGCCUUCUUAGACAAUCUAGUCGAAGAAAUGGCCGAGGAUAAUGAUGAACCGAAUGCAUUUUCAGCCCGUUCUGGCGCUGGUGAGGUGUACGACAACUACAAGUUCUUGGACAUGAAGCAGCUUCGUGACCUUUCCCUUGACCAUUUGAUCGGCCAGACGAGUCUACUGCGACCAUAUAUGCACGGUUACUUUGUUGCUCAGAAUCUGUACGAGCAGGCGAAACUGCUGGCGAAUCCAGAUGUGGCAGUGGAACAGCGACAGAAGAGCAUACAGGAUCGCAUCAACAAGGAACGGGAAAGUCGCAUUCGUGGAAACAAGAAGGUGGCUGUCAAGGUCAAUCGCAGGCUUGCAGAGAGUCUUGCAGCUCGUGAAGAGGCCAACGAGCGACGAAAGGCCGAGAGAGUGCUCCGACAAGGAGGCGAUGAGGCUCAAGCUGUCGAGCAAGCAGACACAACGAUGGAAGAUGAGGUUGAAGCAAGCACAGCUGAGCCAACGAAGGCUAAGGCUGAGCGACUACUCGACGACUCUCGUUUCACGCGGCUAUUCGAAAGCGAAGACUUCGCCAUCGAUGAAACAAGUCGCGAAUUCACCAUGCACAACCCCUCCACGAAAACCACAGCCGCCGAGCCAGCACCACGGAAACGCGGCCUCACAGCCGUAGAACAAGACGCCCUAGACGACCGACAAGGUUCAAGCAACGAAGAAGACAGCGACGACGAAGAUGAAGCAGCCGACGAAGCGGCCCUCCGAGCCCGCCACCAAGCCCGUCGCCGCGGCAACGAAGAAAGCGAAGAUCCACGCAAACGCAUCGGAAGCUCGAGCUACAAACAGGCUGGGAAGACCAGGAAUCCACAGAUGCGUGUCAGUUCGUCCAACACUGCGUUCAAGAAGCGGAAUGAACAGGGCAGUAGAUCUUUCGGCGAUAUGGCUAGCUCAUUGCCCGCGAGAGAUCGCAAUACUGGUGCUGCUGGUGGGCAGGUGGGAAGGAAUGGUGUUGUGGGUGAGAAGGAGGUCACGUUUGCGCCGGCGUCGGGUCAGAAGAAGCAGAGGCCGCAGAAGGAUGUCAACGCUGAUGUGGGGCGGAAUAGGGCGAGAGGGAAGGAGAGGCGGAGUGCUAGUGGGAAUGUUUUUAGGAAGAUGUAG